AUGGGGCAUCAAGAAAAACUGUGGCUGGAAAAUUUUCAAGGCUCCGAAAUUUUAUUUUGUGGUGGAUAUGUUGACGACACUUGCUGUUUAUCUCACUCGGAACAUGAUGCCAUUUUAUUUUUCGACUACGUCAACUCUAGACACCCCAACAUUAGCUUUUCUAUGGAAAAAGAAGCUCAUCACAAAUUACCCUUUUUAGAUGUUCUAGUUGAUAAUAAUGAUCCUAAUUCUCUUCUAACUAGAGUUUACAGCAAGAAAACCUUUACUGGGUUAUUAAAUAAUUUAAUCAGUUUCAUCUCCUCUUACAAAGUGGGUCUCAUCAGGACUCUUGUUGAUAGGGCCUAUAAGAUUAACAACUCCUGGUUGGGGCUUCACGAGGACAUUACUAAGCUCAUGGAUAUU